UGACGUUUGACAUUAACCACGUGAUCAACUGUCAUGGCGGCUCUCUUGUCAAGAAACAUGUUUUGAAGUCUAUAUGUAGGAACUUUACGAAUUUUUUUGCUACUACAACGUAGACAGCAUGUUAUUUAUGUAGCCAUUGUCAAGCAUGGACGAAAUGCUACACGCAUUAACGGCAUUGCUGACAGAAUUUUUUAGUGCCAAUGUGACGAACGAACGAAAACGGGAAAUCGAAACUCUUCUGAGCGAUUUUGGUCGACAAGAGGGCAGCUGGAAGCAAUGCCUGUACUUUCUGACCCAUACCAACGACCAGUAUGUCAUGAUGUUCUGCCUCAAUGCUCUCGAGGAAGCGAUUGGAAGACGGUGGUUACGAAUGCUGGCAGAACACAAGGCCGAAAUACGCAAUGGUGUGCAGGGCUUCCUUCUUGCGCGUCACAAAGAGGUGCCCACGUUUGUUCGCAACAAGUUAUGCAAACUUGUGGUGGACAUGGGACGCCUGGACUGGCCUCAUUUCUAUCCAACGUUUUACUCUAGUAUUUUGCAGUUGUGCCAGUCAAGCGAGACGUGUCUGACCGGGUUGGUGCUUCUGAAGACUGCCUCGGAAGAGCUGGCCUGCCCUCGAGACGACCUCUCCGUAUCCAGAAAAGUGGAGCUUCGUCGACUCCUUCUGGACCAGGUGCCGGCAACCCUGAACGUUGUGGCAGGCAUCUUGGACUCCGUGCUCGAAAAGCAGCGCCACCUGGUGACCGCCACUCCACCUCCAUCCCCCACACACGGCCAGUCUGUCACUAAUAGCUCACCCCUCCAGCAAGGUAACGCACUGAGCAGCAUGUGGUCCGCGCUGCACAAGAGCCACCUGGAAUGCCUGGAGCCCGAGGCGAGGGUGGUGUGCAUUCACGCCCUUUCGUGCUUGGAUCAUCUGCUCUCGUGGAUCCCUCUGGAGCACUGCUCGUCCAGCCUUCUCAACACUCUCUUCACUUUUGCCUCCUUUGGAUGUACGCAGGAGAAAACGGAGGAUUCCGAGCUCGGUGAACGUGCCAUGGGUUGCAUCAACGAAAUUCUCUCCAAGAAUUGUGUUCCUACGGACCUCGAAGACUUCCUGAUGCUCAUCUGCCACAACACGUUCUACCUCCUGCAGGUCCUAACUAAACGCGACUGCGGAGGAACACCUCCUGCAAGCAGCAAACUUGCAGGCCUCACUGAUGUGUACCUAGACAAGUUCACAGAGUUCCUACGUCUGUUUGUGACGUUUCAUGUUCAUCGCUUCGAAGACAACAUCCCGGUAUUCUUAGCCUUGCUGUUCGAAUACACUUUUCAACAGCCGGUUGUGGAACGCUAUUUUACGUGCCUCGACAUCUGGGCAGUGUUCCUCGACUUUCUGACCAACAAACGAAACAAGGACAUGAUGCUUCACAAGUACAGAGACGUCCUGCUCACGUUGGUGCACGAAAUCCUCAAAAAGUCCCUGUUCAAGUUUAACCAGUCUAGUCUAGAGGAACUGGAUGACGAAGCGCUCGACGACAGUUUGCAGACGGAGUGGCAGUGCUUUCUGCAGCAUAACCUAAAUAUCAUCACCAAGAUAGCAGAAAUUAUUCCGCAUGAUGUUCAUGCACAAGUGUUGACCCUUUUUGAGAAAGAGCUAGCAGUGUAUCUGGAGCUGGAGAAAUUCGUGGAUGGCUCCACUCUUCGAGUCGUGGCCGAGAAUGACUGUCGACGUCUGCACUGCAGCCUUCGAGACCUUUCGUCCCUCCUGCAAGCCGUGGGCAGCCUCGGGGAGAAUGCUUCCACUACUUACAACACAGUGUCCAAGAUCUGCCACACUGCCAGCUACAGCAGCCGUAUGCGGUUCUACGACAUGAAGACGGCUGCCCCCAGUGUACUUCAGUGGGACCUCAUUGAAGUGCACGCGCAGUUGCUGGCUGCCCUCAAGGCAUUCUCCCAUUGGCUGUCUCAGUGCCACACGGAGUGCCUCCAGAACGGUGCCAGAAAAGACGAGUUCACGACGCUGGUUGGAGGCUAUGUAGAUGCUGCGCUGCCCUGCAUACAACGGGAGAGUCCCGAAAAAGUGACGCACAGCGCCGCCCACCUUCUCCUAUCCCUAACGCUGGUACGGCCAUCAUUCCUAUUCUCACUGCCACUGAUGCAGCAGUUCUUCGUGGCUGUCUGCGAUCAUACGCAACGACCGUUGCCACCACAGGCGGAGCUGUUGGUGCUGCGGUCGUUGCACAACAUGGUUGUUCUUCCCUGGCCGUCGACCUGCGAUGCCUCUCAGGAGUGGGACACACGAGCCACUCACCACAGGCGGCUGGUGGCGUCUGUCACCAGGGUGCUCUCGCAGAUCACAGCGGCGCCACAGUUCGCCACCAAUCAGCAGCUACAGCUGCAAACGCGGCCAUCGGUCAAGUGGAUGGUGGCGGUGGUGCACGACCUGGUGGACAGUUUACAGGGUACGUCGACGCGGACCAAGCAGCUGUGUCAUCAGGGAUGGAGCGACGUCUUCAACGGCAUCCUGGCAUUGUUUCCUAUCUACCUCAACGAUAAAGACAUGACGGAAGGAAUCCUGGACGUCCUGCUGUCCAUGUUCCGCGUGCUCCAGCCGCAGCUCGGCGUUGCCUUUGUGGAGAGGAUGCUGCAGACUUUCUUGAACCUCUUUACCAGGGACCAGUUGCAAGAAUGCAUUAUCAAAGAAGGCAGUGCCGGAAUUAGGGUUGUCGAAAAGUUUAUCAGCAUUCUACAGGAAGUAGUGCAGGAACCCAGUUCCGCCUUCAAAGCCUUUCUACCCAGGAUCAUCGACCUAUGCAUGGACGAGAUUUAUCCCAUCGUGGCCGAGAGGCCGUCGCCCGAAGUGAAGCAGUCUCUCUUCGAACUGGUCGAGCAUUUCCUGUUGCACAACUGGCGUUACUUCUUCACCGGCGCCCUCUUGUCCGAGCAGACGCUCAACCACAGGGAGCAGUUCGUGAAGCUCAUGCAAGCGUACGGCCAGUCCUUUCUGCAGCCGGACAUCAACGUCUUUCGGCACAACCUCAACGCCCUCGAGUCGCUCAACCGAAAGUGGAAGCUUUAUCACAAGGCACCGUUUCGAGAUGGAAUGCUGCCGCAGUUUGUGCAAGUGCUGCUGCAGUGCUUGGCAACGCGUUCGCACGACCUUCUCAGGGAGGAGAUACAUCUAGUGCUGCACAACAUGGCUGCCGUCAACUUGGAUACCUUCUACGCCUCCUUGCUGCCGGCUUUCAUCGCCUCCUGUCAGGGCAUCGACCAGAACCAGAAGCGGACCUUGACGGAGUCUCUUAAGAGAGAACCGGACCUGCCAUCGUUCACGCAGUCACUGCAGAACCUGAUCAACGACCUCCGUUACUAUCACAUGUGCAAUAACAGUCUAUGAUGACCGGAAGAGAAGUUUUUAUUUAUGGACCAGUGUACAUAAGGACUGUUUUGGACCAGAAGUGUCAUCCAGGUUUAUAAAGACUGAACCUGCGCUCUAGUAUGUGUUUGUACGUUUGUCAUAUCCAACGGCAUUAAAUGUCGUCCGAGGUACGCUGC